UGUCGACUCCGCAUAUAUAACAGCUGCUUAGAGGAGCUGUGCUCCGAGAUGCGAUGCAGCCUGUACAGUACCCCCACAACCGCACCACCUCGUCCUCGUCCCCGUGUCUUCUUCUUCCUCUCGUCUAGUGUUGGCUUCUGGCUUUGGCCUUGGCUAGCUGAGGCUGAGCUUCUUCCUCCCUCCUUCCCUCCCUCUAAAGACCAGGAAACUGAAGGUAGCUGGGCUGCGGGUCUGGCAAUGCCGCCACCCAGGGGGAGCCGGCCGGCAGGGUGCAACGGCGGAUCUAUGCUACGGCUGGUCGUCGUCGCCUCCCUCUGCUGUGGUUGCUUCGUCGUCGGGCGCUGGGGGAGCGGCGUCCUCCCUUCGGAUUCUGGGGGGAUGGCAGGAGCAGCGAUCUACGCCGGUGAUCUGGAGGGCUACCAUGGGGGCGGCAGGCGGCGGCUGCUGGCCGGGGGCCCCGGCCCCGGGUCGCACCCGCCGCGGUGCACGUCCAAGUGCGGCAGCUGCAGCCCGUGCGUGCCCGUGCACGUGUCCGUGCCGCCGGGCGUGCUGGUCACCACGGAGUACUACCCGGUGGCGUGGCGCUGCAAGUGCCGCGACCGCCUCUACAUGCCGUGACCACCGGCCGCCGCUACAUGCAGCUACCGCGCGUCGGCGGCCUCGGUCGAACGUCCGGCGGCCACAAGAUGACGCAGCAGCGUCCGCCGCCCGGGCCGGCCGCAUACGUACGUACUGUGCCGCACCGUCAGUGUACAUGUAUGGCAGUGAGUGACAGACAUGGGUGGUGCUGGAGUGAUGGAUGCACGUGGUGGGCUACCGUGGCAUGGCAGGGCAGGGCAGGGCCGGGCCGGCCUGCAUGUGUAGCUGUGGACGGUGCAGCUGUGCCCUGGAGGAGUGUGGACGUGGUGUGGCAGCACCGGCGCCAUGGACCUACCGGGCGGUGGCGCAGGCAGGCAGCUCCCCCAGGCGCCUCGACCUCGUUGCAUGAUUUUCGUGCGUGCCAUUCAGUCAUUCUUAGGCACUGAAAUAUACUACCACAUGGCAUUUUCUUUUCUCUUAUUUCAAUUUUAGUAGGAGUGUUUCGCUAUUUUAGUAGGAGUAUUUCGCUAUUUUGUGUUGGAUCCAUCAGUCAUCACUUUCUUUGUGGGGGAAUAUCCUUCAACAAUUCUACAGUGUACGUAAUAAUAAUACUGAUAUAAAUUAUAACGUGAUGUACUUGAUGAGGAA